GUAAAAGAAGAUUCGGCGGAGUUUGUUAUACGGUUGUAAUUGCUAUUUGUAAAGGACAUUAUGUCGAAAGUGAACACGUUGUAUAAUUAUUUCACCUCGCCCAAAACUCCUAAACAAUCGAAGAAUAAAUCGGUAUCUGAAGAAAAAUCUUCAACUCCGAAAAGAUCGAGGGAACAAAGGAACAAAGUUAAGACUCCAGGCAAAGGAAAAGAAAAUAAAACUGUUGAGGACAGAAAAAGGAUUCAUAAGGAUGAUGAGGAAGAAGAAGAAAAAGAGGAAGAUGAAGUAAUACAGCCAAAGAAACGAAGGCUGAUUAUUCCUGAUGUAGAAUCUGGAGAUGAAUCUGGAGAUGAAUUUAAACCUAAUCCAGAAGAUGAAUCAGAAGAGUCUGAUUCAGGGUCUGAAGGAUUUAGUGAAAGUGAACCACAGAGUGUAAGUGAAGAGGAAACUCCAGAGAAAAAAAGAAAAGUGACUAAUGGCACUGGAAAAAGGCAGCAAGGAGGUAAAAAAAGAUUUGUUAAGGAAGAUAAGAAGGAAUCAAAGCAGCCUCAACAAGUUCAAGUUCAAGGUUCAAAUAAUGUUACAGAGACAUGGAGACAUUUAAAAUAUGAUUUCCUUGAGCCAAAUAAAAUAAAGGACAUUAACAGAAGACCAGCAAGUGAUCCAAAUUAUGAUCCCAAGACUCUUUAUGUUCCUUUGGACUUCUUGAAUCAACAAACUCCAGCAAUGAGGCAAUGGUGGGAAUUGAAAAGUAGACACUAUGAUUGUGUUCUCUUCUUCAAAGUGGGAAAGUUUUAUGAAUUAUAUCAUAUGGAUGCUGUGAUUAGUGUCAAUGAACUUAAUCUCACAUUUAUGAAGGGAGAGUUAGCGCAUAGUGGAUUUCCUGAAAUCGGAUAUGGUCGUUUCUCGGCAAGUCUUAUAGAAAAAGGAUACAAGGUAGCUAGGGUAGAACAAACGGAGAAUCCCGAAAUGAUGUCGCAACGCUGUAGUAAAAUGGCAAAGGUAACAAAGUUUGACAAAGUAGUGAAAAGAGAAAUCUGCCAAAUAAGUUCCAAAGGUACAAGGGUAUACACUGCAUUGGAUGUAGAACCAUCCACACCAAAUUCCAAUUAUUUAUUAUCACUCAUUGAAAAAUGCCCACCUGGUUCAACUACCUCUCAUUAUGGAGUGUGUUUCUUGGAUACUACAAUAGGAGACUUCUAUCUCGGGCAAUUCGAAGAUGAUCGCUGCAAUUCUAGAAUAUUAACUUUGCUUGCACAUUAUCCUCCAGUUCAUGUUGCAUACGAACGUGGCAAUUUGUCUCAAAAAACAUUACAAAUUUUAAACAACGCUUUAGCGACAAGCAUUAAGGAACCACUUUUGCGUGAAUCACAAUUUUGGUCAUCUUCGACUACAUUAAAAAAUCUUCACGAAGGAGGAUACUUCAAAAAGUCGGAAUCUGAAUUUCAAUGGCCUGAAGGCUUGCAACCAUAUCUUAAUCAAAGCGAUAGCUUAGGAUUGACUCCGGCUGAAGAUAAAGAGUUAGCGGUGCAUGCUUUAGGAGGAUGUGUAUACUUGCUCAAAGAAUAUCUGCUUGAACAGCAAUUAUUGGCGCAGGGACGUUUUAAGUCGUAUAUACCGCCAGACUUCUCAAGUGAAUCAUCCACAGCCUCCAAGUUUGCAAAUAAUAUGGUUUUAGAUGCAGUCACCAUUAACAACUUGAGAAUUUUCGGCGAAGGUUCAUUGAUGAAAACACUCGAUCGUUGUUGUACUGCAUUUGGCAAGAGAUUACUACGCGAAUGGAUUUGUCGACCAUCUUGCCGCAAAAAUGUUAUAAUUGAACGACAAGAAGCUGUACAAGAAUUAAUGGAUUGUUCAGAAGUAGUACAUGCUGCUCGUAGUAUACUAGCCAGUAUUCCUGACCUUGAAAGACUGUUAAGCAAGAUCCAUGCUCACGGAAAUGCAGCAAGGCUGAAUAAUCACCCCGAUGGCAGAGCAAUCAUGUUCGAAGGUAAAACGUAUUCAAAGAGAAAAAUCUUAGAUUUUACCAAUACUUUGAAUGGUUUCGAGGAGGUUUUAAAAGUAGUCGCUCUAUUCGAAGAUUUCAAAAGUCCGCUAAUAACUCGCUGUACCAAAGUGGAACCGGAUGGCGAAUUUCCUUCAUUAAGAGAAUCUUUAGAUUACUUCAAGACCGCGUUCGAUCACGAGGAGGCCAAACAAGUAGGUUGCAUCGUUCCAAAGAAAGGAGUGGACGAUGAAUACGAUUCCCUUUUACUGGAACUCGCGCAAGUGAAGAAGGAUUUAGAACGGUAUCUUGAAAAGCAAAGACAGCACUUCGGCGUGAAAGUCACGUACCACGGGUCGGAUAAGAAACGUUAUCAGAUCGAGAUUCCGGAUUCUCAGGUGAAGAAAGUUGGUCCUGGUUAUGAGCUUCAGUCACAAAGAAAAGGAUUCAAGCGCUAUUGCACCGCUGAGACGAAGGAACUUCUGAGCCGACAAAUAAAUGCGGAAGAACAUAGAAAUAAAGUAUUAAAAGAUCUAAACAGAAGAAUAUUCGCACAAUUUAGCGAGAAGUAUGAUAUGUGGAACAUGGCCGUUUAUAAAUUGUCCGUCAUAGAUGUUCUUAUUUCCUUAUCGGAAUACGCUCUCAGCGGCGAUAUGUGUGUACCGGAAGUCAACGAUAACGCAAAUGAAAAGAUAUUUAUCGAUAUACGAGAUGGACGACAUCCGUGCAUCCUUUCAGAUACUUUCAUACCAAAUGAUACUUUAUUGGCAGUUGAAGAUUCUGCACCUUUCAUGAUUCUUACUGGACCAAACAUGGGCGGUAAAUCAACGCUCAUGCGUCAAGUCGCGCUUCUUACUAUAAUGGCCCAAAUUGGAAGUUACGUGCCAGCAAGUUCUUGUAAUUUAAUAUUAGUAGAUCGUAUCUUCACGAGAUUAGGAGCCAAUGACGAUAUUUUGGCUGGUCAGAGUACUUUCUUGGUAGAGCUAAGCGAAACUGCUGCAAUAUUGCAGCACGCUACGCCAUACUCGCUAGUUUUAUUAGAUGAAUUGGGUCGUGGUACAUCGACAUAUGACGGAACGGCAAUAGCCGCCUCAGUUGUAGAUGCGCUCACAAAAUUGAACUGCCGUACAUUGUUCUCAACGCAUUAUCAUUCUUUGGUAGAAGAUUACAAAACUAAUAAGCACAUUACGUUAGCCCAUAUGGCAUGCAUGGUAGAAAACGAGGAACAGGACGAAGUGUCUCAGGAAACUGUAACAUUUUUGUACAAACUCAGCGAUGGAGCCUGUCCAAAAUCGUAUGGUUUCAAUGCUGCCCGAUUGGCUGGUGUACCAUCUGUGAUUACAAACAGAGCGCAUGAAAUUUCGAAAAAACUCGAACAGGAGACUAAUCAUAAACAUCUAUUCACCGCUCUGUGUAAAGCAAAUGGAGCAGCCAUAAGGGAUCUAAUUGCUGCAAUGUGA